AUGGAAAACAACCGUCGACCCCCAGUCCCGACAGUCGCGGAUGUCCUCCAGGCAGCCUGUAGGGCCGGCCCCCCUGAAAGUGUCGAUACUUCCGCGUCUUCUAACGAGCUCUGGUCGCUCCGCGCUACAAAACAAAGAAUCGAAUCCUCCUCUCAACACUACAGGCAACAGAGAGCCCAUUCUGAGGAACUUAUCAAUUACCUCAACCUGAAACUCGGCCGACUGUACUCAGCGGAAGAAAUCUUGAGCCGCCAACAGACAAGCCAUAUCGAGCAGCGACAAGCAGAGCGAUGCACUACAGACGCCGAACUUUGGGAGAAAUAUUACAAGUCUCUUCGUCGCUAUACUAAGGGUCUGAUAGGCAUACGCAGACUGAUUGAGCAGGAAUUGCUGUACCGGCAGAAGGCAGAAGGGCACUUGCAAAGAAUGGAUCGUUAUAUCGAGUUGAGUGACCUUGAGGUUGCCGAGUUGGAUAAGCAGAUUGAAGCAAUGGGAAGCUAUGGAGAUGAUUGA